CGUUUUGAUACGUAGUAAACACUUCUUGUACAAGACUUAUAAAAAGUUUUCUUGCUAGUUAAUAUAAGGAAACAAUAAUGCAAAUAUUAUCACAUACUCUGGUACUUUUUACCAGUUUAAUGCUGGUAUCGGCCAUUUCUAUGGAUACAAUCUACGAAUGGAAGUAUGUAGAUUAUGUGUGGGGGUCAGAAGCCAGGAGAAAACAGAUUAUUAAUACAGGAGAGUACAAUGCAUCUGAAGUUAUACCUAUGGAUGUCAAUAAAGCGUCAGAUGGACGAGUAUUCAUAUCUCUACUUGGAACGAUGGGCACACCAGCAUCUCUAGGUAUUGUAACCGAUCAAAUGGGUCCUUCUGGACCUUUGAUAAAGCCUUAUCCUAACUGGUCAUACUUUGAGAGAAACAAUUGCGAUUCUAUUCAGAACGUAUACAGAAUAAUGAUCGACGAAUGCGAAAGGUUGUGGGUAUUAGACACUGGUACCAAGGAAGAGCAAUCAAUAAGUUGCGAUCCUCAAUUACUUGCAUUUGAUUUAAGAACCGACCAUUUGAUCCAAAGAAUUAAGAUUCCUACUAAUAUCGCUAGAGGUUCGAAUAAUGAUACAUUGCUGGCUAUACCGAUUGUUGAAACUCGUGGCCCCAAAUGUGAAGACACAACUGUUUUCAUGAUGGAUCCAAUGGGUCGUGGAUUGGUUAUUUGGAAUAAUGGAAGACUAUCUCGAUUGGAACAUUCUCUUUUCGGUCCAUCUGAAGACGCAACAAAUAUUACAUCUGGAAAUCAAACUUUGCGCUUGGCUGGUGGAAUUGUUACAGGAGCUAUUUCACCAUCUUUGUUCCCAGGCGAGACAAGAUUCUUGUACUUCCACUCCUUAGCCUCAUUUGAUCUUUACGCUGCUAGUACCGAAACAUUAAAACGCAGUCGUGACGGAUUGUCUCUCAGAUUUUUAGGAACUAAAAACAUAUUGAGUAGUCAAGCCUUAGGAGUUGCUUUCUCUGCAGAAAGUACCUUUUUUAUGGGUUUGACGAGAGAAUCAGCGAUUGCGUGUUGGAAUCGGUAUAUGCCAUUAGAACCACACAAUGUUAAAAUUGUUGUCCAGGACAACGAACGUCUACAAUACAUCAACGGAAUGAAAAUCAUUGCAGUGCCUUACUCAAAAGACGAGGAGUUGUGGGUUCUUUCCAAUCGUUUCUUAGCUUUUCAACGAGGUCAAUUGAAUUUCAAUGACAACAACUUCCGAAUUCUUAAAGGUUCCGUCAAAAAACUCAUAACUAACACGGUAUGCGAGUUACCACGGAAAACGCGACAAGCACUUGAAGAUAUUAACAAAUAUAAUGAUAUACUCAUUGUUCAUGAAUAAAAUUUCAUUCAUAGUCUCAUUCCUUAUCUAGGCACAAUCAAAUAUCUGUAAAUGUAA